AUGACUACAUCUUCGUCAGAUUCAACAGGUAACGGCGCGACCGAUCAGGACCGGAGCAUGUCGACGAUCGACGACCCCUUCGUUUCCCCGUCCGAGGGCCAGGCGGUGCCCCGCGAGUCCCAUAGGUAUUCGUCCUUCGACACUCAGUUGUUCAGUCUGGAUGCAUCGUCCCCGGCGCAGGCAAAGCGGGCCCUCGAGGCCCACCUGGCCGAGACCGAGCGCAGACUCGAGGAGGCGUCGAAACUAGGCACCGCGCUGAUCGAACAGCAAAGGGAGCUGGAGGAGAAAUUGAAAGAGGUGGAGCAGCAGCAGGAGGAGGGCCAGAUUGGGCCGGACUUGCGUCGGAAACUAGCGGACCUGGAGCGAGAAUACAAUGAGAUUGGCCGCGAGACUGCCAGGGCUUUUCUUGCCCCGAAGCGUCUGGCGGGCGGCGACGAGGCGCACCUGAGCACCCCGUCAAUAGACCAGAAGUCACCCCUCAGUCCCGCCUUGUUCGCCAGCCAGGCAACCAACUCCCCCAGUAAGGUGAGCGUGCCGUCCCGGAAACAGCGAAACCAGCCCUCGAGCCGCGUUCACGACAUCGAAUUCGCCACCGAGAUUUCCACGUCCCUCCUGGCCCAGGUUCGUCAGCUGCAGGCUCUCCUAGCCGAGCGGGAGGAGUCGUUGAAGGUUGUCAAUCUAGAGAAGUCGAGGUUGGAGCUGGAGGCGGAGGGUUACGCCCAACGGAUUCGCGCCUUAGACGAGAGCGAGGAGCGCUACAAGGAUGAGAACUGGGCCCUGGAAACUCGAACGCACGAGUUGAUGGCCACGAUUAAGGAGGCCACCGAUCGAGAAACCCGAUUGAACAGCAGCCUGGGCGCCGCCACCACCGAAAAGAACGCCCUGGAGCGCGAACUCGAGGACCUGAAGCAGACCAAUUCCAAACUGCUUGAGGAUCAGACCGUCGCUCAAAAAGCCAACGAUGCCGAACUACACCUCUUGCGCAGGAACCUCAAUGCAGGCGACCUGGAACGCCAGUCGUUGCAACAGAAACUGGAGGAAUUGAACUCGCAGAACCAAGAGCUGGCAAAAGCGGUGGCUAUGCGACUGCGGCAGCACGAGGCCGAGUCCACCCGCGAUGCUCCGCGCGAUGACGACUCCGAUGACCAGGGCCGAGCGACUCCGGACAAUUCACCCCCCCCAUCUCCGAACAAGUUUACUCCUCGCCACAACCAUCUCGAGACGGAGACGUUGCGAAGCUCGUUGGGUCAUGCCCACCGAAUGAUCCAGAACCUGAAGAGCACCAUUCACCGCGAGAAGACCGAAAAGAUUGAGCUGAAGAGGAUGCUGCAAGAGGCCCGGGAUGAAGUUGAGCAGCGUCGCCGUGAAGGUGCCGGACCUGCCGGACCAUCUAACAAGCGGCAGAAAACAAAAGCAGACGCCCAAAGAAAACCACGCCCGGAUCUGCUUGGCGCCGGUCGGCGAGGAACGACGGAGAUCGAGGUCCACGAGUCCGACUGGGAAGACAACGGUGCUGAUUCUAGUCCCUCGCACAAGGCUUCUCUGAAGUCUUCUCGGGGUCCUCCUGGCGGCCAGUCCUCUGACGAGCCAAGCGAUGUGUACCACACCGCCACCGAGGCGGAUGAUGCCUUCGAGACCGCCAACGAGCGCGAGACCGCGACGGAGAGCGACGCAUUCCAGACCGGCAUUGAAAGUAUGGCCGACUCUAGCAGCGACUCCGGCGAUGCUACGGAGACCGAGGACCGCCUCCAGAGAACCCCUCGCGGCCGCGUGUCGUCUUUGACGCUGACCAAGACUCGGGAGCGUACGUCGUACCAGAGCACCGCUUCGACUUCUGGCGACGAAGAUGAUACUGAGCCCGAAGAAUUCCCAUCCCCCAGCCAAGUGUCCACGCCUCGCUACCGUCUCCGGAAGAAGCGAAGCGUACAACGGAGAAUUCGUCCUUCCGGGGAAGCUCCUAUGGCCUCUACCAGCAGGCCAUCAAGUGCCCGAGAAUCCCCGGCGGCGAGCUUUAACGACGAGUCCGAGUCACCCGAAGGUCAGAGUCUAUUUGCAGAGCUUGCGGAACUGGAUGGCGAGGACGAAGGAGAAUUUGGCCCCGCGAUGCCUUCCUCGACUUCCACCCCGCGAAUGAUGCCCAUGUCCGAUUCUAGAAGACCUUCAGAAGCUCCACUGGAAGCUCCACCCAGACCAACCAUGGUUGACUCUGGCGUCAUGACCGAUCCCUGGGAGCCCGCGACCUCCAUUGGCCAGGAAUUGGCUGGCGAAGAGGCCGUUUCUAGCGUCCCGGCAACUCCAAAGAAGACAUCCGACGCGGGUACUGCUACCGGCGCGCCCGAAUCUCCGCAGAUGGCUCAUUCGGCAACUCAAUGGACGCCGUUGAAAGCACCCCUCGACCGCAAUGGAGAUGCCGUCUCUAACGUGCCAACUCCGCCUAAGAGGGCUUGGGAUGACCAUGCACCGGACGCCCAGCGCGAUGCAGAUGGUGAGCCUGUUCUGCCACAAUUGGAUAUCUCUUCCAUCUCCACCCAGGAGACUGCGCCAGUUGCGCCAACUCGGCCCGAUUUGAGUACGGCCUAUCUUGUUGGAGGCCUGACCGAGCCAAUUGCGCUCCCCACUGCUGAGCCUGCAGAAAUGAGGUAUUCGACGAUCUCGUCGCAAUCCACGGACCCUGUAGUGGCCAGACUCCCCACCCCGGAGCCGGUGUAUGAACCAAACAUGAAUGUCUCUUCGAUUCUUGCAGAGCACACUCUACCAAUUGUGGCAACGCCUGUCGAACCCGUGGUUGUACCCCCAGUAUCAGUCUCAGAGCGUGCCACUAGCACGGACUUCCAACCGUUGGAGGUUUCGACCAUCUUUUCUGAGCACACAGAGCCCGUGGUGGCCACUCUGCCUGAACCGAUCCCGGUGCCAAUCCCAGAACCUACGCCGGAAGUCACUGUUGCCGAGCGCGCUGCCCAAUGCGACCUGCCAGACUUGGCCGUUUCUAUUCUCACGCCAGAAUCGACCGAGCCAGUGGCUCCACGAGUGCCUGAGGCUACCCCAGUGCCGGGUCUGGUUGUUUCGCUUCUCACGCCAGAAUCAACCGAACCUGUCGUGCCACAAACUCCGGAGCCUGCUCCAGUGCCAGAAUUGGCUCUCUCACUUAUCACUCCAGAAUCAAUCGAACCUGUCACGCCUCAAGUGACGAAGGUUGCCCAAGCACCGGAGUUGGCCAUCUCGAUCCUUACUCCAGAGUCAACCGAACCGGCCGCUCCUCAACUACCGGAGGUUGUUCCCGCGCCAGAGAUUUCGGCUCCAAUGCCCGAACUGUCGCUUUCCACAGUCCACGCGCUGGAAACACUCCCCGUUCAAUGCACACCAGCCGCAGUCACCCUUCCGGCGGCUCUCCCCGACCAUGUAGCCUAUACCACCCAAGAUCGGGGUGCCGGGCCUGACAUGCCGAUUCCCCAAACCCCAACUGUGGUGGUUGCUGAGGACGAUGCGACGGAGGAUUCCGUCAAUGGCACGAAGGACCAGGAGACGGAAAGCGUGCUGCCUUUGGGCUCCAUCUCUGGGAACGCUGGCCCGCGCCAUGCAAGGCGCCUGUCCUCUUCUCAAUUGGCAGACCAGGGCGCUCAGACAAUUCUUUCUUCUAAGCAAAUUGACCAGCUGCUUCUGGACCGCGUCACUUCUCGCCCGCUAUCUCCCCCAGACAGCGAUAAGGCUAAGGAGCUAAGCAACUCUCCGUUCGCCACGCCAAAGGCGCGACCUCGACCCGCUCACCAGGCGUCGACGACCUCUCUUCAACGACGGCCAGGCAGUGCUAACAGCCUAUCCUCGAGUGUGCACAGCCACCCGCCGUUACCUUCCGACCACAAGGAAGCCAUCAUGGCUGCCGAGAAGAAGUCGAUAGAGCAGCGACCCGGAUCCCCUGCCCUCAUGGGUCCUCCUCUCGCCCCCGCCUCCGCUUACAAGACGAACGCUCCCCAACGCCCGCGAACUCCAAACGAGGGUCAUGCCUAUGUUGGCUCAACGAAAACAGCCUCCUCGCGUGUCAAAGGCAGGCGCGAGAGCCAAGUGUCGCGACGAUCAUCCGUUUCAUCUUUUGCUUCCGAAGUUGAAGAACGAUUCAAUGGGCACCCCAACGCCGCUGGCUUCCCCUACGGAUAUCCCGCUGGUACAGAUGCGCGGAUGAUCCAGGCGAUCACCCAGACAAUGAUUGGAGAAUUCCUUUGGAAAUACACCCGCAAGGCGGUUUCCGGGGAGAUCUCGAACACGCGACACCGCCGAUACUUCUGGGUUCAUCCGUAUACCCGCACACUGUACUGGAGUGAGCACGACCCGCAAAGUGCUGGCAAGACCGAAGGUCGGACAAAGAGCGUUCCCAUCGAGGCUGUUCGAGUUGUGGCGGAUGAUAACCCAUACCCCCCUGGUCUUCACUGCAGGAGUCUGGAGGUCGUUAGCCCGGGUCGUCGGAUCCGCUUCACGGCCACCACCAGCCAAAGACACGAGACCUGGUUUAACGCGCUCUCGUACCUUUUGCUGCGAAACCCGUCGGAGGAAGGGGAAGAGGAGAACAACGUGACCCUGGAAGACAUUGACGAGUUUAACCCGGGAUUCCGCUCACGUUCUCAGCAAACGGCACGCAUGUCAAUUUCUUCCUCCCAGAGCCGUCCUCUCCGAAACCCGCCCAAGCAGCGGGCGGCAUCUGCCAUGUCCGUACGCAACAACAACAACAACAACAACACCCUGACACCAGGCCGUGUUUCUCCCGCCCUCAGCACACCCUCGCAGUACUCGGACCAGGUCCGACACAGCUCUACCUCCCGGCUGAGUACGAUUCUGAACUCGACGAUCAAGGGAUCGAUCGGCCGACGGGGCCCAGGUUACGCCAGCUCCAGUCUCCAUGAUGGUAGUGUCCAUGACCAUGACAGCGAAGAAGACCUGCGACAUAUGAUGGAGCAACAAGAGCAGAAUGAUCGACUGGAGAAUGUUCGCGCGUGCUGCGAUGGCAAACACGACGUCGGUUCACUCUCCCGGAUGAGUCGGUAUAGCCCGCGUGUCAACCGGAUCCACUCCCAUCAUUAG